AUGAAACUCAUUCUUACUAUUCUGGUACUCGUUGUCUCGUUUGUGCAAGAAUCUAAUGGAAAUUAUGCUGAGGCUCUAAUGUAUCUGACGGGAACGAAUGAUUUUAUCGGAACCAUCAGCUUUAAUGAGCAGGAAGUAGCAUGGGGGGUUAUAAUUUCCGACUCUGUCAAUCGUGUGAGACCUUCGGCAACAUUGGGUUUUCAUAUCCAUUCGCUACCCAUCGGAGACAAUCACAAUUGUUCAGCUGGUGGUGCACAUUUCAAUCCAUAUAAUGUGUCUCAUGGAAUGCCAAGAGAUGCACUACGCCAUGUGGGUGAUCUAGGCAAUAUUGAAACAGAUGCUGAUGGCAGAGCCUAUAUUGCAAUGCGUGAUAAUGUCAUUUCGAUAGGAUUCGAUAAAACACGAAAUGUUGUUGGCUUACCUAUUGUGAUCCACAAUCUGACGGAUCACGGAGGUCAUACAGGAAAAGGUGAAAGCAACACUACCGGAAAUGCUGGUGCUCGUGUAGCAUGCGGAACAAUCCUUUCCAGUUAA